CUUUUAUCUUUUUAUGUUACGCAGUUUCCAAUAUUUGAAAUAUUCCCGGUCUUCUUCUGUUAAAAAAAUGUCCAUUUCUUCCUUUACAACGCUCUCUGAGACCCUUUCUUCUUCUUCUUCACCACCCAAAGAAGCCCUGUCCUUUGUUGAAUUUUUAAAUGCUUCACCUUCACCAUUCCAUGCGGUUCAUGAGUCCAUACAACGAUUAGAACAAGCAGGUUUCCAAAAACUUCAUGAAAAGUCAGAUUGGAAAUUGCAACGUAAAGGGAAAUAUUAUUUUACUAGGAAUGGAUCCUCAGUCGUUGCGUUUGUGGUGGGCGGAAAGUACAAAACUGGUAAUGGAUUCAGUAUCGUGGGAGCACAUACGGAUUCUCCUUGUUUGAAGGUCAAACCUAUAUCUAAAAAAGAACAAACUGGUUAUUUGGAAGUUGGUGUACAACUUUAUGGUGGUGGUAUCUGGCAUACUUGGUUUGAUCGCAAUUUGGGAUUGGCUGGUCGCGUGAUGGUACAACAAAAUGAUGGCACAUUCAGACAUACACUGGUUAGAAUCCACAAACCUAUUCUCAAUGUUCCUACUUUGGCUAUUCAUUUAGAUAGAUCUGCAAGCAACAAGUUUGAGUUCAAUGAAGAAACUCAUCUCUUACCAAUUUUGGCAACCAGUGCAAAAGCAGCACUCAAUGUAGUAGAAAAGAAAGGUGAAAUAUCUGAGCAAGAACAACAUCAUCAUCCAGCAUUGAUUCAAAUGCUAGCAAAGGAAUUACAGGUGGAAGAACAUCAAAUUCAUGAUUUUGAACUAUGUCUCUAUGAUAUCCAAUCUGCUGUUAUUGGUGGUAUCCAUGACGAAUUCAUUUUCUCUUCACGUUUGGAUAAUCUUGGAAUGACCUAUUGCUCUUUAAUGUCUCUUAUCAACAGUGAUAAUGUGGAUAAUGAACCCAACAUUCGAUUGAUCUCCCUUUUUGAUAAUGAAGAAAUUGGUAGUGUCUCAGCUCAAGGUGCCAACUCCAACUUGCUUCCUUCUACUCUGGAAAGAUUAGUAGAAGCUAAAAUAGGUGACAAGGAGGGUCAAAAGGGUUUAUUUGAACAAGCUUUACGGAAAAGUAUGCUAGUUAGUGCUGACAUGGCCCAUGCUUUACAUCCAAACUACAGUGAAAAAUAUGAAGAAAAUCAUCGACCAAUGAUGCAUCAAGGAACUGUGAUCAAGAUCAAUGCAAACCAGAAAUAUGCCACUACCUCGGAAACAAGUCUAAUUCUACGUGAAGUUGCUCGUCGAAGAAAUGUCCCAGUACAGUUCUUUGUUGUUCGGAAUGAUAGCCCUUGUGGUUCUACGAUUGGUCCAAUGCUAUCAGCUAAGCUUGGUCUUCGAACUAUUGAUGUUGGAAAUCCUCAACUUAGUAUGCAUUCUAUUCGAGAAACAGCUGGUGUGGAUGAUGUGAAGAAUGGAAUUGAUCUUUUAAAAGCAUUUUUUGAAUUAUAUCCAACGGUUGAAGCACAAGUAUUUGUAGAUGAAUAGAUAGAUUCGAUAAACUUAAAAAUAUAUGAAAAAUAAAUUUAUUAUAUAUGUUCAGGUCACGUCUCAUGACAACAUUAAGAGAUAUUUAUGCGGUUUCUAUCUAGACAAGAUCGUGUUGGAUUAUUCUAGUGAUUUCUACUACUAAUCAUUAUAGAAUAUUGAUUUGAUUCAGUUGGAUCACUUGACAGUUUAUUGAAGAGAUCAUAAUCUUUGAUAGAAAAAAAA